AUGUUCUCUUUUAGAACCAUUGUCGCUGGUGCGACUAUCGCCUUGGCUGGCAUGGCCCAAGCCACCCACAUCGACUACCCACCUUGUCUUGACCCUUUUCAGCCCUAUGUUUCAUCUGGAUGUUACAUGGAUGGUGUUGAGGGUCAUAUGGGUGGUGCACUCAUCUACCGCUCCGGUCAGAACCAGUACAACAUGACUGUCGAGAAGUGUGUUGCCGAGUGCAAGGGUAACGGCUUCCGGUACGCUGGUCUCAAGUACUAUGGUGUCUGUUACUGUGGUUCCACCGUUGGUGGCAUUCAGCUUCCUGAUAGCCAGUGCAACUAUCCUUGCACCGGUGAUAAAACCGAAACUUGCGGCAGUGACAAUGCCUUCUCCAUCUGGCAGGAUCCCACUUUCAAGCUCACCAACCUUGGAGGAGUUGUUACUCAACUCCAAGGAGCUGUCCAGUCUAUCGCCGGUUAUAAGCCCAACGGUUGCUACACUGACAACUCCUCCAAGGGCCGCGCUCUGACAUGGCCCAUGGAUAUUGAUGGUUCUCAGAUGACCCCCACCACUUGCUUGACUGCCUGCGCUGACCAGGGCUUCCCUUUUGCUGGUCUUGAAUAUGGUGGUGAAUGCUACUGCGGUAACGUCCUGGCCAACGACACGGUCAAGGCAGAUGUUGGUGACUGCAACGUUCCUUGCAAUGGUGACAAUACCCUGCUCUGCGGUGGACCUAGUCGUUUGAGUGUCUACGUUGCUGAGGAUCUGCUGUCUCUUCAGCCAUGUGGCUGGAAGCCUAGCAACUCUGCCUCUGCCUCGGCUUCCGUUUCUCUCUGGCCAUCUACCUCUACCACUUCCGCUACUACCUCAAGUGUUGCUACAUCUAGUUCUUCAAGCACCAUUCCUAUCGUUAGCUCCGUAUCGAUUGUCACCAGCUCUUCCACAACAUUGAGCACUUUAACCAGCACUACUGGAAAUGGACAGUCUUCUACCACGGGUCAGCCUUCUGGUCCCUCUGGUCCCUCUGGUCCUUCUUCCACCAACGGCAAUGGCCAGUCUACCACCAACAAGCCUUCCACUACAUCCUGCAGCACCACUACUGGUCCUGCUAUGUGUACCUCCACCGUUGUCGUACCCAACACCUGCGAGUACAAGUGUGGUAACUGGUGUGCGCCGUCUGUCCCUGACUUCCAGGAUCAAAACAGUUGCCAGACCGCCUACAAUAACUGCGCCAAGAACAUUGCUGCUUGCUUCCAGAACGCUGGCUGGCCCGGCGCUCUGAACUGCUUCGACUUCUCUAAGUGGUGUGAUGGUGUCCAGGGCUACUGUGCUUCUUCUUGCUCCCGUGGUCGUAGCUGCAACAAGCUUGGCUGCAUUAAGAACAACGCUCCCACUGGCGGAAACAGUGCCUCGACUACUACCAGCGUCUAUCCCUGCGCCGUCACCAGCACUUCCACGACUUCUUCGGCUGCUGCCACCUCUUGUGCUCCUCAGCCCACCAACAUUUGCCAGCAGCCCAGCUCCAACAUCUGGGGCUAUGGUCCCGGCAACCCUGUCGGUGGCAUUGAGCUGCCUCUUGUUGCCUGUAACGACUUGAAGAGCGACUUUUCUCAGAACCCCUUCAAGCUUUACACCAAUACCAACUCCAAUUCUUGCUCCUCUUAUCGCCGCAACCAGCAGUCCAGCGCUUGCGCCGACGCCUGCAAGGCUCAGUACAACGCUUGUGUCGGUACCUAUGUCCAGAGCUGCAAGAAGCUUAACACUCGCAGUGAUAGCAGCAACUACUUCGACAAGCGAUCUCACACCCACUUCCACAAGCGUGGACUCGAGAAGUCUGGUAUCGAGCCUCGCUUCUUCAACCUAUUCGGUAACGACCAGUGGCAGAGCGCUCAGAAUAAGUGCUCCAUCCAGUAUGCUGACUGUCUCUGGGAGAACGCCAAUGUCAAUUUCAGCAGCCGCUGCCAGAACUUCGGCUCUGGUUUGUAA